AUGAGCAUGGCUGAUGAUCUCGACAUUGGAAAGGACAGAGUCGAGGAUAUCAUCAGUGUCGGUCGGCUCUACCAUCUGGCGUCAUGGGAGAAGGGGCUCAACGAAAGGAAGCAAGCUAUCGAUCCGCGUGCACCGAAUUGCAACCGUGAGUGGCCUUGUAAUGGAUGCCAGAAACGCAAAGUGGCCGAUAAAUGCCGCUUCAAAGACACCAACCAGCCUGUGACUGAGAAAGCUGCCAUGGAAAGGCAGCGAAAGAAUCGAGUCAACAUCAAAAGUAGUACCGAUUCCAUCGAUUCCGAGCUCGAGGAUCCAGCUAGUGACGGGAUUGAUGCCUUGGGCUACACGCCCUCCCAUCUUCUUUUUAAUCUUACAUCAAGACACGAGGAGUUUGUAAAAGACCCCAGUAGCUUUCCGCAGCUAGAACGGGCUCUGCAAGCUAUCCCUUCAAAGCCGUACACCGAUAUACUUAUCCAGAACUUUCUCAACAGUGUCAAUUACCACUACUACAUUAUUUAUCCGCCAUCCUUUUUAGAGCAAUAUCAGCAAUGGUGGGCUUCGCGAGUCGAGAAUCGACCACUGAGCAUUCAAUGGACUUGCCUUCUUCUCGCGGUCUGUGCAUGUGCAUCGCAGUACACCGAUGUCGAACUGCAGGGAAAACUCGAAGGUGGCCUUGGUCAUCCGAUCCAGCGAAUUGCCGAACAAUACCAUGAAGCUGCUCGAGAGCUGGCAAGUGCUGUUCCUCUUGGUCACAGUCAUUUCACCAAUGUCCAACAACUACUGCAUUCCUGUUACUGGUUUAAGUCAGAAGCCCGUUUUGUUGAGUGCUGGCAUGUGCUGAAUGCUGCUAUUCGAGAAGCACAGGAGCUUUCCAUCCACAAAGAAGCCAAGGCUGGCUCUCUAUCUGAAUUAGACCUGGAGAUGCGACGAAGAAUAUGGUGCAUCCUUGACACUUGGGACUGGCAAAUAUCUACGCUUUUAGGCAAACCCUUAACCAUUGACCGAAACGACUGCGAUGUAGGCCCCCCACGACUCGGCUUGGAGGGCUAUCAAUAUUCACCCUUGACCCAUAUGAAGUUGCAGUCCAGCUUAAUUCGGCAGAUAUCUGGAAGAUUUGGACAUACCAAGAACAUUACGGCCCAUGCAGAUGUUCAGGAAUACCAAAGAAUUGUUGAAGCUUGGGUCAAUACCUUCCCUCCUCCUCUGAGUGUUCAUAACCCAGAUAGAUCGUUAGACGCAUCGUGCCCAUGGAUCGUUCUACACAGGCACAUGAUCCGUACCGUCACAUUCACAAUGCUUCUACAACCCAUCCGAGGCUUUCUGACAAGGCCAUUUGCUAUUCGAUCUCUGGAAGCCGAGUUGAAAAUACGCAGUGAUGGUAUAGACUACUGUCUGGAGCUUAUGAUGUCCUUGCGUGGCUUCUUUGAUCAUUUGUACCCAAGGGAUGCCAAAUAUCAUUUUGUUCUGUUCUGCAUCUUCGAUAUUUCAACCGUACUGUGUUCGGCAGUUCUUCACGAUGAACAGCACACGCUCCCUAGGCGGGACGACGUUUACAAAGUUAUAGACGAAGCACAUGCAAUGCUGCAAAACUUCAGAACGGUGACCAAAUCAGCCAAGGCAUCAUAUGGGAUUUUGACCCGAAUCGUCCAACGACUUCCCAGGACAACGCAAACAUAUGAAACGUUGGGGAAGAGACCAAAGGUGUUGGCACCACAGGUUUCGGAAGUUACUGCAUCGCCGCAGACGAUCCCUCCCGCCGGCGUCCCGAGCCAGCAGAAUUCACCUCCCGCGGCGAAUUUUUCACCUUCGCCAAUAAAUAUGCCUACUCCUGGAGUACCAUCUCCAGUAUACUCCUUAGCCAACGGCCCCCCAAUGGCUGGCGGCUUUGCACCUCCUGCAAUGUAUACCGGCCCUCCGCAAUGCGGCGACUGGCAGUCGCAGUUGUACAUGCAGGACCCAGCGACGUUUGCGCCCACCCAGUUUACUUCCCAGGGUGCUAUAUUUGCGAACAUUUCGGACGAGGAGCUUGGCGAGCUGGCAAAUGUUUGGAACUAUCAGUCCCUUGAUUUCAGCUUCAUAAACUCCUAG